CCACGAUCCACUCACUUCAUAGUCCCCGUAUCCUCCACUCCACGCGUCUUCACGAUGGGAGAAUCUCGUACGGAACUUCUUGCCUGGCUCAACGACCUCCUCCAGAUCAACUACCAAAAAGUUGAACAAUGCGGGACCGGUGGCGCGUACUGUCAGGUCAUAGACUCGAUCUACGGCGAUAUGCCCAUGAAUCGCGUAAAGAUGAAUGCAAAACAAGAGUACGAGUUUCUCGCCAAUUUCAAGAUCCUCCAGAAUUCCUUCGUCAAGCACAAGAUCGAAAGGCCUAUCCCAGUAGAACGUUUGGUAAAGUGCAAGAUGCAGGACAACCUCGAGUUCUUGCAGUGGAUCAAGCGCUUUUGGGACACCAACUAUGGUGGACAGGGCUACGACCCCGUUGCGCGGAGACGUGGCGUUCCGACCGACACCCCCGCUACUAUCGCCCCUCUCGCUCCCUCAACGUCUCGCACGGCUGGCGGCCUGCACGCCGGAGGGGCGCGAGCAGGCGGGCGCACGCCAGUUACCGGUCACCGUGCGGGCUCCACGCAACCAAAUGAGGCCCUUCAGAACUUGCAGGCCCAGCUGAGGGAGAUGAACGCGCAUCUGGAGGGUCUCGAGAAGGAGCGUGACUUCUACUUCGCGAAGUUGCGCGACAUCGAGAUCAUUGUCCAGCAACAGCUCGAGACGCUGCAAGCAGAGGACAGGGACGAUCCGAUUCUACGGGAGGUUCAGAAGAUUCUAUACUCGACGGAGGAGGGCUUCGAGGUGCCAGAAGGCACGGUCGACGAGGAGGAGACGUUCUAAUCAUGUCACAGCAGAUGGCAUACCAUGGCCGGUUGAAGAGUUGCGAUGAGAGAGAAGUAUACGCCUCCCCCCCAAUUAUAUUCCCAUUUAGUCUUCAACCCACUGUCCGCACUCUGGUCGAACCCCAAGUGUAUCGUGGCGCCGCGUUCCUUUUGUCCUCCGUAGUUCUCUAGCUUUGUCUCUGCGUAUUCGUCGCUAUGUCACUGCGCUUACCAAUAUCAUCUUCCUUAGAUGAUCAUGUAUCGUGUCCUGUGCAAGGUACCCUCUUUGUGAAAUCGGGGUUUGCCUGCUCAGCACUGGAACCCGGAAUUGCGUGGCUGCAGUAGGUGAUCUUACCCACGCCGUACACUGCCGCAGUCACGAAUCGGAUGGACUUCGAUAAUUGAGUGCAUCUCGAAUUGAUCAUCGUGCCGAGAUGGGCCAUCGAACUGCAGGUGCUUGUGGUAUUGGCUCUUAUGAUGAUGAUUCACAGCUUUAGGUCGUAGUAUGACCGUAGGAAAGGGAAGACCCCUCGGAUGCCUGGAUUACGAUGAUAGAGCACACG